AUGGCUCCCCGACCACGCCUGCCAGCUCUAAUCCCGCCAGCGAGGCACCUGCACUCGUCUGCCUGCGCUCGACACCCGCCACCGCCGCUCCCGACCACCGUCGCCGCCUCGCUCGCGGCCGCCUCGUCCAGCACCGGUCCGGCACCCGACACGCUCAGCGGCUGGAUCCGCUCGGUCCGCAGGCAGAAGAACGUCUCGUUCGCCGUCUUGAGCGACGGCAGCCAGGUCGGCGGCGUCCAGGUCGUCCUCCCUAAAGGCCUCGACGACGGCUUCACCGUCGGGUGCUCGGCAAGCUUGCGCGGCGCGUGGGUCGACAGUCGAGGGCAGGGCCAGGCCAAGGAGUUCAAGGUCGACGAAGUCACGUUCGUCGGAGAGAGCGACGCCGAGGUGCGCCUCGUUCCUCUGGACUGGCUCUCGCCUUUUCGACGUCUGCCUGACACAAUCGCAUUGUCGCAGACGUACCCGAUGCCCAACACGAAGCAGGGCAUCCCUCUGCCCGUCCUGCGCCGCAACGCGCACCUGCGCCCGAGGAAGGACGGGCCGGCGGCCAUGCUCCGGGUCCGCAGCGAGAUGAACUGGGCCCUCUCUGAUCACUUCCGGCGAGAAGGUUUCGUCCGCGUCGAAUUGCCCAUCAUCACGUCGUCCGACUGCGAGGGCGCAGGCGAGGUGUUCCGCGUCGUCGAGGGCGCACCUGAAUCACCCGCACCCGCCAGCACCGCACCUCCCGCACCUCCAGCCUCGACCGCCGACUCGCCCAAACCCGCACCGCCACCCGCACCCUCUCGCUACCUCACCGUGUCGACCCAGCUCCACCUCGAGGCCGUCACGUCGUCGCUCCAACGCGCGUACACGUUCGCGCCCUGUUUCCGCGCCGAGAAGAGCGACACGUCGCGGCACCUGCAAGAGUUCUGGAUGCUCGAAGCCGAGGCCGCCUUCCUCGACGCCGACGUCCCGACCGCGCUCGACCAGGUCAUGCACAUCGCCGAGUCGACCGUGCGCGCGAUCGCGACCCACGUCCGCGCCCAACCCGACGUCGAAGCGCACUUUGCGGCCCAGGCGCCCGCGCUCGAGGCCCAGUACGCCGCGCUCCUCGCCCCGGCGCCGUACCCUCGCCUGUCGUACACGCGCGCGGUCGAGCUCCUCGCGACGCACGCGGCGGCGCACCCGGGCGCGUUCGCGUUUGCGCCCGUGUGGGGCGCGGGCCUGCAGACCGAGCACGAGCGGUGGCUCGCCGAGGACCACGUCCGAGGACCGCUCUUCGUCACCGACUACCCGUCGGCGCUCAAGCCGUUCUACAUGCUCGCCAACGAGGCGGCGUCGGGUGCGAGCUCGGUCGGCGAGGCGGCGGGCGCACGAGCCGGGCGCCAGACGACGGCGUGCUUCGACCUGCUCGUGCCCGGCGUGGGCGAGCUCGCCGGCGGGUCCCUGCGCGAGCACCGCCGCGAGCAACUCGUUGCGGCCAUGGACGCACACGGCCUCGACCACGAGGGCGCGUACCGGUGGUACGUCGACCUGAGGCGGUACGGCACGACGCGCCACGGCGGGUUCGGCCUCGGGUGGGAGCGCCUCGUCGGGCUCUUGACGGGCGAGACCAACGUGCGCGAGUGUACGGCGUUCCCGAGGGCCGCAGAGGGCAGCAGGUUCUGA